AGUCCGCCCGCCGCCUGAAGCCCCUCCAGCUUCGGCUUCUCCUCCUUUCUAUUCCCCCUUUUUCCACAAACCGAACUCGGUACCGAUCAGCCCCAAGAUCCGAAACCAAGCGAUCAAAGCGCUUGGCCGGAAGCUAUAAAAAAAGGAGUUAUACUUUAGAGGAGUUGCGGCUUUGGGGAAGUUUGUUUUUCUUUUUUUUUUUUCCUUUUUGUUUCUGUCCCCAGUUUGUGGCCCCGUCGCGGGGCAGGACAACAAAAGCAGGCCAACAAAGGGUGUGGAAAGGUGGGCGCACCAUGUGGAUCUGGUACCUUCUGCUUGGUUCGGGGUCAGGAACAAGAACAGCUGACAGCCAGCUGCUUCCUGGGAAUAACUUUACCACAGAGUGUAACAUUCCUGGAAACUUCAUGUGUGAAGAUGGAACGUGUGUCCCGGGUGGCUGGGAGUGUGACGGAGUGCCCCACUGCUUUGAUGGGAGCGACGAGAGAGGCUGUGCUAAGGUCAAGUCAAAGUGUGCUCCCACAUUCUUCGCGUGCGCGAAUGGUGUCCACUGCAUCAUCGGAAGGUUCCGCUGCAAUGGCUUCAGCGACUGUCCUGACAGGAGUGACGAAGAAAACUGCACAGGGAAUCCUCUGGUGUGCUCGGAGGCUCGCUUCAAGUGUCGUAACGGCCGCUGUGUGGACCGAAGCUUUCUCUGCAAUGGACAGGACAACUGCCAGGACAACAGCGAUGAGGAGCUCUGUCUGACCACAGCAGAAGCUCCUGGUUUUGUGACACUGGACCAUAGUCUACGCUAUUACCCCAGCAUUACCUACGGUGUCAUCGGCAGCGCCAUCAUCUUUGUCCUGGUUGUAGCCCUGCUGGCUUUGGUGCUUCAUCACCAGAGAAAACGGACCGUCCUCCUUACAAGAAAUGUGAGGGGGAACACAAAUCAUCAUCAGCCCCUCCUGCUGUCCCGUCUGGUCAUCCUGGAUCGGGGUCAUGUCCAUGCUGGAGGUCCAGGUCUCUCCUCUGGCUCAAGCAAUCCUACGGGCCAAUACAGCUCAAGCCCUCAAGCCUUGCAUCUGCUGUCCGGCACCGUGUAUCCCUCUUCAGUUUCCUUGGACCUCCCUCCUUCAUAUUCAGAAUCUGUUCUGGAUGUCAGUCGGCCUCCUUGGUUUGAUCUUCCCCCUCCACCUUACCUCAAAGAUGGGGAACUUUCUUCAGAGGGAAAUCUUCCUCAGUACGACACUCUCCAUGAGGGUGUGAGUCCUCCCACAGCUGCAGACUCUGAUCCUUCACCUCCUAGAACGGGACGCCUGAACUCACAUACAGGUUCCAGCCUAAGAGAGGAGACAGACCGGCUGUAGCCCCUGUUCUGUAGACUGGUGGGACAGGCAAACAGCUGGACUACUUGUUCCAGCUAUCAAGCUGUAUAAGACUGAAGGACAAUUAUAAAUUAGGACCUUUUGGAAGAGAUUCAGAAGAGCUGAUCAACUUUAGCAGGGUCUCAAACUGGCUGCCUUCACAUCAGACUGACUGUAUGCUUGCUCCCUCUGCUGGCAUAAUAGCUUCAUUACACUUUUAGGGUGUCAGUUCGGCUAGUAUCAAUGUCACUUGAACGGUUUCCUCCUUGAAGAUUUGGUAUGUACUAUUCUUAUCAGCCAGAAGGUUUCUAAGAAUGAAACUGUAAUUUACCCCUCAUCUUUGCUGUGAUACACUUCUGAUUAGCUUAGUGUAAGUUUUGCAGUAUUUAAAAACACUCCAUAAUAUUUCUUAUGGCAUUUUAAGUAUAACUCCAUUGGUUUUAGUUUAAAUUGUUCAAUUUCCAGAUAUCAGGAAAGAUUAUUAUUCAGCAAUUUCCUUACAUCCUGUUAUGUCAUAUCAUCAGGGGAAUAUGCAAUAGGACCAUUUAUGUUUUAUCAUACAGUAUUUGUAUUUUAUUUUCUAAAAUCAUUCCUCUAAGCAGGACGUUGUUUAGAAGCUUUGUCUUCAUUCCAUGUCUGCUGGAAGACCACCAGGGUUCAUAGGCAGUCCUGAAACAGCUGAGAGAGAGGGACAUUUUUCUUUUUCCAGGUGCAAACAAGAAUGUUAAGAAAAAAUUGAGAUUGGCAACAUAUGGCCGUUUCUGAAUUUGUACUUGUAAAUUUUCCUGUGCUCGUGUACUCGAAAAACAUCAUCAGCCUUAGCCCUAGUGCUGUUC